AUGGCAUCAAGCAGUGAGCCAUCCCCUGCGCGCAGUGAGGAGAAUAUGGGAGUCGCCAAUAACUUUUCCACCUACGUUACAGGCACCAGGAGGAUGCUGGAAGGGACCAGCAUUGAUAACCCGGUAAAGAAACGGGCCAAGACGAUUUCGAGCCACGAACAUGAUCUCACUCUCAACCACGUAGCUGCUUUCCUCGAAGACACUCGCCGGACAGGAAAACUUCACGUCUGGUACAACGCUCACCGGAAACUUUACGACCACCUUCAAGCACGCCGCGCUAAAAUGCUUGCGCACUCCUCCGUCGACAAUAAAGUCGACACCCUAGGCCAAGUGACCAAACACAACGACUUGGCGCUACUGGGCCGUCUUGAAACUGCUUUGGAAAAAUAUUUCCCCAAAACCCAUGACAAUGGAGAACCAACCAAAUGCGGCGAAGGAUCCCAGGUCAACAACAGACUCCCCUGCCUCCAACCGUCCACAAAUUCACGCACCCACAACGUUCCUGCUCCGCCUCCCGCCAAGCACUCGCUCAGCACCCUUUCCUCGCUCAGGAACAAGACCAUUGAGAAUACCUCGGCAGUCAACGGGAGCAAAGCAGAACCUCCUCGUCGGAGAAAGGCCAGGAGCUACUUCCCAGCACGCCGCUAA